AUGCAGGGUGCCUCCCACCCCCGGGCCCCCUCCGCUACGCUUGGGGGGUGCCGCCGCUCGCGCCAUCGCCCCCGCCACACCUACCCCGGCCGCGCCGGGCGCUCGACUCCCGACCCCCACCAAGCACUCAACCAGCGCCGGCCAGCCCCGGUCAGUCCAACGCACAGAACACGCGGGGGGACGACGCGCCCCGUCGCCCCACCGGGGGUGGGGGUGGGAGUCACCCACCCACAGGCGCCUGCACAAAACUGGCGCCCCAGUCACACCCGACCCUCCCGCGCAGGGCGCCACCACUUGUCCCACCCCCCCGCGAAGCCGGCCGCGCCCCCCGUCCGCGCCCAGCGCCCCCGCGCCCCCCCCUCACAGCCCGCCCCCGGGGGUGUGUGGUUGGGGGCUCUGUCCACCCCCUCCGGCGUCACGGGACGGGCCCAACAAGGGUGCGCGGGGCCCCGGCGUCCCGGGGCCCCCCCUUUCCGGCCCCCUCCCCCCCGGCCUGAACGCCUCUCCGCCCUCCGGGGGGUGGAGGGGGCCCCGACGGCCGCCCGGUCGCCCACGCGGGGACAACAAGAGCGUAUCCCCGCGCCCCGUCUCCGGGGCCCCCGGCACCGACCCCACCCACGCGGCCCGGGCGCAUGGCCCACCGUGAACCCACCACCCCCCCGCGGCGGGACGCACAACCCAAGGUCGCACCGGGGCCCCCAAGGGGGGGUGGCAGGCGGCUGCUCCUCGCAUGCAUCCCCCGCCGUCCCGACGGGCCGCGCCGCCCCACGCCGGGCCUGGGCUCCGCCCCCCCCUGCGCCCGUUCCCCCCGUUCCGGCGGUCCCGUGGCCACCCCACCCGCCCUUCCCCCCGUUCCCCCUGUCGCCACCUGUCCCGCUCUCCCCUCCGCCCCCCCUAUCGUCCGGGCGCUCCCUGCCCGCCACUGGGCUAGCCUGGGGGGGGGGGGGGGGGGGGGUUGUCACACCCGCGGGCCGUGGCACCCCGACCCCGCCGCUACCCGGAUGCCCGCCGUCGGCCCCAGCCGGCCCACCCCCGGGGCGGGCAGCGGCCGGCGCCGCUCCCGGUGCAUGGCCCUCGACGCCGCGUUCCCGUUUCAACCCCGCACCCGCCGCGCCGCCCGCCCCCCGCCCCGAGGUGGCGUCCUCCCCCCGCCACCCCCGCGUGGCCUCGCCUCUUGCGCGCCGGCCGACCCCCCGCGCCCCCCCCCGGGCCCGACCUCGCCGCGCCCCCACUGAGUGCCCCAUCCCCGCCGCCACCGGCCCUCCCCGCCGGGCUCCGCCGGCUCCCGCGCCCCCCCGCCCCCGCCCCCCGACGCCACCGUCUCCCCGCGGGCCGCCCCCCCGCUCGCUCCCGGGGACCCCCCCCCCGCCCCGCGCGCCCCAGGGUCCCCCUCACCCCCCUUGCACUCCCCCUAGCAACGCGAAGCGCCCUCAUCCCCGCGCCGAACCCGGCCGCGACACGGCCCGCGACCGCGCUGCCCCACCACGGUUAAUCCCCGACGCAUGCUCCUGCCCCCCCCAGCAACCCGUCUGCCCGGCUCUCCGCAACGACAAGCCCGGGCACGCAGCGCCCCCCGCCCCCCCGUCCCCCCCGACGGCGACCCCGAGCCUCACCCGGCAGGGCUCCCUGCGCCGCCGGGGUACCCGCCGCACGCCCCCCCCCUGCUGUUGCCCCCCAGCACCUACGUCCCCACCGGCCCACCGCGUGCCACAUGCCACCGCCGUGGUGCCAGGGCCCCCCCCCUGUGGGCACAGAUCCGCACUUGUCGCUGGAACGCGGGACCCACCCGCCCCGCCGCCCGGCAGGCCCCCGGCCUGGCCCCCGGGCCCACUACUUGAAGACCCUCCAGCGUUGGGCACCCCCCCCGUCCGCCGCGCCCUCCUCAGUCUCCUCCCCGAGGGCGCCUCCCGUCCCCGACAACUCCGUCCGGGCGUCCCACCCACUCUCCCCCGUCGCUCCCUUCCGGUGCCCCGUUUCCACGGGCCGCCGCCGCGGCCCCCGCCCCCCCCAUCCGGGGGUGCCGCCCCCUCCCCCGCCCCCUCCCCGGCCCCCGCCCGCGCGUCUCCCCGCCGCCCGGUCCCCCCACCCGUGGCCCCCACCUAA